CACACUAAAUGUCCAAGUAAAACAGUAAGGAGUCCCGAGAGUUAAUGAGCAUUGCACCGGUAGAAAUCCUGACCAGAAGAAAAUAAGUCGUCCCAGAAAACAGUGACCUGAUAUAACAUGAUGCCUGCAGCUAAAGGCAUGACCCACAUCAUACCCAAUCAUGUUCUGAGAGUGGGUCAAACCAUCCGCCUGGACCCUGCCCAGGAGACCCUCCAUCAACAUCCCAGUCUCAUGGAACCCAGUGGCAACCACGAUGACCUCGACAUUUCCAUGGAUAAUCUCAACCAGCUCAUGCUGGAUCUAGAUCCAACAUUUGAACCCAUUGAGGUUAAAAAAAGUCCCUCAUGCAUCAGCACCCCCACAGAUGGUUCCCUCUCAGAUGAAGAUGUCUCCAAUUGCAAUUUGGUCCCUAGAGGAUGUCAUCCCUGCUCCUUGCCCACUGUGGUCCAAUGUCUGUCACCCAGUGUACCCAUCCCUACACGCAGCAGUCUGAGCUGCAGUCCACAAGGCACCCUGGUCUUCUCGACCUCCCCAACGUCAUCCCUGCCUCCUCUGCCAGGUGGAAGUGUACCCCGACGAAAUCCCUCAUCAAGGUCGGAUACAGGAUGCCUGCGAUUGUCACACUCCAACAGAAACAGUGUCGUCUCGCUCCUUUCCAUGUCUACAUGCUCAGACACCAGUUACAGCCUCGGCAGCAACCUGUCCCUGGCGAGUGAAGACGCUUUCUCUCCAGAGUCCAUCCUAACUCAUACACCCGGCUCCUUCAGUGAUGGAUCCAGAACAAGGACAACUGAUGACAUGCAUAGCCCAGAGAAGCCGCCACUGAUGAGGAGAGGAGGACAUCUUUUUGAGCAGCGUGGAGCACACAGCAGUCCUGCCUCACUGUCUGGCUCUUUGACAGAUAUUCCUGUACUGCUUGUCAACGGCACACCUCAGCCAGACCUGCACAUCCAGUGUGUGGGAGCAGAAAUGGACAUACAGAAAGUAUGGUCCAACUCAAAGCCCAGUUCUCCUCACAGUUUCCAAGCACGUUUUAGUGGCAGCCAGCCUUCAAUGAAGUUUGUCAUGGACACUUCAAAGUUUUGGUUCCGUCCACAUAUCAGCAGAACAGAAGCUGAAGACUUGAUAAAGGACAAGGAACCUGGAACAUUUGUGGUGAGAGACAGCACUUCCCACAGAGGCAGCUUUGGCCUGGCCAUGAAGAUUGACAAAACAUCUGCCAACAUCAAUACAAGCGCCUACCCAGGAGAGAACAGCUCAGACCUUAUUAGACACUUCCUCAUUGAAUCAUCAGCUAAGGGAGUACGCAUCAAAGGCUCUUCUCAGGAACCGUACUUUGGUAGUCUCUCUGCCCUGGUUUACCAGCACACUGUUUCUGCUUAUGCCUUACCCUGCAAAUUACUGCUCCACUCCCAAGAUCUGAGUGCAGCAGAACAGAGAACAAAUUACAAACCAGAAUCAGAGGACAAGAGUAAAACAGCUUCCAAUUUUGUCUACCUGAAUGCUGUUCCCACUGAGAUGCUGACUGGCCCCUGUGCGGUGCAGAAGGCGGUGUCCUCCACACUUGAGAAGGCCUCAGGCUCCUUCACACCCACCAUAGUGAACAUGAAGGUGUCUCUGAAGGGUGUAACACUGACAGAUAUCAACAGGAAGCUCUUCUUCAGACGCCAUUACCCUGUUCACCUGCUCAGCUACAGUGGUGAAGAUCCAGACAAUCGAUUGUGGAGGAGGGGUUCCAGUUUUGGUGCAAGAAUGUUUGGUUUCGUGGCAAAAGGUGUCGAGGCAGGUAUGGAGAAUGUUUGCCAUGUUUUUGCAGAGUAUGAUCCCCUGCAGCCUUGCAACAAUGCCAUUGAGGUUAUGCAGGUUGCCAUAGCGAAGACCCACAAGAACUGAGAACAACUCCGAUAUGAGACAGUAUGGAGACCUAAGGCCCUCUCUACAUAAUCUACUUCUGUAUUUAUCUGCACUGAACCCGUCCAAACCUGUGUCAUCAUGAGUGUCACUACGACUUGUCAAACUAGACAUGUGACCUAUUGACUCAUGCCUUGGUCAGAUGAAAAAGAGAGAUUACUGGUAAUUGGACCACAAAUGGAAGAGAAACACGUGAUUUGAAUGGCUCACUCACACUGUUGCAUAACCUGUUUAUUAAACUGCAAAAAAACAGUUUAUGCUGAAUUUAAUGUAAAAUUUCUAUUCAAAAUAUUUUUGUAAAAAAAAAUGACUGACACCUUACCAGUUACCAUAUUUAACUUUAUUUUAAACUAAAGUCUAAAUCUGCACUACCCAGGGCAAUAAAAAAUAAAAUGAGGGAUUUUGAAGUUUCUGUAGACGAUAAGUUCCUUAGAGUCAGGUCCUUUCAUUUCAGAUCUACCUAUUGCAGAUGUCCUGGCUGUAUAGUUCACAAUAUAUUUAUUUCACUGCACUGCACUGUUGAUAAUACCCUGUAUAUUAUAAUAUCUCCAUGUAUUCCUGUAUAUAUUUUUUUUACUUUGAUUGAGAAAAAUAAAACUUUUCAACUGUUGAA